AUGGUUGAAGUAGAGGGAGACGGUGAGGGUCGUACUACUUAAGGCAACCAAGAGAGCAUCUUCAGCAUCAUUCUUAGCCCUUUUUCUACUUGAAAAAGGGGCCGAGGUGCAUGCACUCCGGGAUGCCAACGCCGUAGCUCUAAACCAACACUACUCCAAUCGCCCGCGCACUUGCUAACCGUCUCCGUAAACGUGUAGAAAAUCCGCAGAGCUUCGAGCCUAAGUGGGCCGUGGCAAAGCUUCGCGUGUUGCAAGAACAAGGGGACUGGGCAGGAAUUAGGUCGUUUAUUGGAAGUAGUGGAUUUUCGUUAAAAGCAGGAAACAGUACAACAGGAGAUGCACCUUCCUUUUCGACGAGGAGUACAAGUUCUCCUCAAGCAGGUGGCAACAAUGCCGCAAUUGCAGCAGAUCUAGGAGCAUUUGCAGAAUUUUGUCUUUCAGGUGGAGUUGGUCCUACAACAGAUGCUGAAUCUGAGAU